AUCGAUUCCUUCCUUGAAUUAACCAGCGAUUUCAUCUUUCACUCUUUUACAGAAACAUCUAAACUCUGGUGCAGAGAAGAUGGAUCAUAUUGGAAGUCUACCUGAGGAGGUUCUUUGUCAUAUAUUGUCUUUCCUUACGACAAAGGAAGCUGCUUUAACCUCGAUUCUCUCGAAGAAAUGGCGCAAUCUGUGGACACUCGUUCCUAAGCUCGACAUUGACGACUCUGUGUUUCUUUAUCCUGAAGAGGGUAAGCGAGAAAGAGACGGUAUGCUUCAAAGCUUCAUGGAUUUUGUGGAUAGGGUUUUAGCUUUGCAGGGUAACACUCCCAUCGAGAAAUUCUCCUUGAAAUGCAAAACUGGCAUUGACACAGAUCGUGUGAAUCUUUGGAUAUGUAAUGUCCUCCAACGUGGUGUUACAACCCUUGACCUUGUCCUCGAUUUUCCUAGAUCCGACGACGACGACGAUUUAGAUUCAGAUUACAUGUAUUUUCUGCCUGGAGAGCUGUUCGUUAGUAACAAACUGGUCGAGAUGAAUUUAAGAAGUGAGUUUGGUGUUGAUUGGUGGCGUGGAGGUACAGAGACUUUCUUACCAAUGCUUAAGACUCUCCGCUUUGAAUCUGAGUGGGUUUUGUUAUGUGAUGAACUUGAUGUGUUUCUCUCUGCUUUCCCUGCUCUUGAGGAGUUCUACAUGGCUGAUAUUGAGUGGCCUGAAUGGGACGAAUCUGUGUCAAGUGCAAGCCUCAGGAAGUUAACUAUCUAUGCCGGCGGUUUCCAAGACUUUCGGAAUCCGAACAGCAUUUCUUUUGAUACUCCCAAUCUUGUUUACCUUGAGUAUUCUGAUUUUGUCGCGGCGGAUUAUCCUAAAGUUAACUUGCCAAAUCUAGCUGAGGCUGUACUCGACUUUAAACUUACUAGAAAUCAGGUUGAGCUAAUACGAGCACCAAAUGAUGAAGAUGAUGUUUUUCUACGUCUUAGAAAUGUGUGGAAGCUCAUAAGUGGCUUAAGAAAUGUCCAGAGACUUUUCUUUUGUGCUGAGACUCUUGAGGUCCUUUCUCUUUGUUGUGAGUCGAUGCCGGUGUUCAACAACCUCAAAUUUCUGAGUAUUAUUAGUGACGUGGAUCUGGGAUGGCAAGCAAUGCCGGUUCUCUUAAGGAACUGUCCACGUUUAGAAACUCUAGUUCUUAAGGGUCUCUUGCACCAUGUGACUGACAAAUGCGGGGAUGUUUGUGACUGCAUAUCUCUGGAAGACAAAGGUCGUUCAUUGUUAUCAUGCCCAGUGAAGAAGUUGGAGAUCAGAGGGUUUCAAGGAACAGUUAGAGAGAAAGAGAUGAUAAGGCAUUUCCUGGAGUCUUUCCCAUGUUUGGAUGUGAUGGAAGUAUAUGCGGACCAGAAUGCUAAUGAUCCUACAAACUUGGAAGAAAAUAGAUUUUAUAAAAUCAUUGCAUAUAAGGUCCACGAGGAGGAUGUCUCGACAGAUACUGUGCUGAAGUCGGAGCUAUUAUUCAAAGGCAAAUUGGUAAAGUCUGAGAGUAUGCCCCAAACCAAGAUGGAGGAGAUCUCCUCUCAGUUUGAGCCCCGCAACAAUAGACAUAUGUACGACAUGGUCUACAUGUUGCAUGGAGCUCCUCCUCCUCCUGCGCCACCGCAAGAGAUGUCUCAGGACUACCUUAAAGAGCAACUUGAUGCUGCUAAGAUCGAAAUUGCGAAACUUAAGGAGGAUCGUAAGGAAAGUCAACGAAUCCUAGAUGCUUUGUUUGAUAAAAUUGUUGAGCAGAACCCAAUGAUAGCAUCAGCAAUAAAGGCUCGGCAAUGUGCAACAGAUUCAGGGGAAGCAGAGGCGUCGAAGGAUCAGGAGAACAAGCGGGACUUCGAGGCUCUGUUUGAAAUCAUUGUGGACUUGUAUCCAGAUUUUGCAUCAGUGUUGAGGGCUAGGCGUGGGGGCGGCUUAGAACGAGGGGAAACGUCGAGGGAUCAGGAGGAGAUGACCGAGCUCGACCAAACUACGAUCCAAAGCUGAGGCAGCUGAUCGUUUGCGUCGAGAUGGAGACUAGAUUUAUCAUUUAUGAUUGUGUGUUUUUUUUUUUUGUAAAACUUAUAUUAUUUGUACUACAAUUUACUAUAUAUGUUUCAGUUAAGGUUAAAGUAUUAUGUUUGC